AACAGUAUAAAAUAAUAAAAUUGGUAUAUUUAAAUGCUUUGCAUGGGAGCAACGUUCAAUCUUUCAGCCAAACGCUUGUUGGUUUCGUGUUGAUUGUACACAUAGCUCAAUCCUCCUAGUUUUUGCACCUUCUCCAUGUGGUUUCGCUCGGCAUCACCGUGCACUAACACAGGUAAACUCGGAUCGACCUGAAACAUCCAUCAAAUCACUUCAAAAUUACAGCGGAAUGUAACACACGUACAGGUUCCAUGUUUCGAAUAGUAUUCAUCAAAUCGCUCAUCCUCUCUUCCACUCCCUCCGCGAACGCUUUGGGAUCCAAAGCCAUGAAGCAGUGUCCCAAAUUCGCUUUGGCGUUGGGAUUCGUCCAGCUGCGAAUGUUCGGGCCGUAACUGGAACCUUAGAAUUUUUACACAGUGCAUGAAACUGCGACUAGUGUACAAGUAUUUACCCGAUAAAAUCCCGCAGAAUAUCUCGACGAGCAUUCCCAAACCGUAACCUUUAUAACCAGAGGUUUUUUCAACGCCGCCUAGAGGUAAUAGGCGUGAAGCUGCGAAUGCUUUGGUGGAAUCGGUUUCAACUCGCCCGUUUUCGUUUAAAGCCCAACCUUCGGGGAUUGGCUGGUGUUUUCUUUGUUGGAUUUCUAUCUAUCGAAUUAUUGAGUAGAGUUAAUUGUAAGUGCAUUCAUUAAAUGAUCUUACUUUGCCCACUGCGACUGCGGUAGUGGCGAAAUCUAAUAGAAAAUCAUCGCCUUGUAGCCCUGGUACACCUAAGGCGAUUGGAUUGGUUCCUAAUGCUGCCUAAAAAAACUUUAAUAAACUUCUUUGCACUGGUGAAAAUCGUAGCGCUUACUUUCUUUGCUCUAGUUGGAACCAUCAAUGGUGAAGUAUUAGUGCACGAGAACCCUAUCAAACCUUUCUUCAAUGCUUGCAGGCAGUAAAUUCCAGCGAUACCAUAAUGGUUUGCGUCUAUAAAAAAAACAAUAAUCUCGUUCGAUCGAUAACACUUUAUUGAAAGUAAAAUAUAAAACUCGAAACGCUUAUAUGAACUCCGAAUUAUUUUCGCUGAGAGUUUUGACCUCCUCUUCGUAUUGCUGCAAAAUUUUCUCCCCUUCGCGCGUGUAAGACGGAUCGAACAUUCGCCCUUCGGGAUUUUCUUUGAACAGAUACUCCGCCAAAAAAUCGAUGGGAUCCUCGGGCUUGAUCUUGGCGACUUCGACCAAACCUUUGGACAGCGUGGGAAACACGUAUUUCAUCAAGUAGAACCGCAACGGUUCGCUUUGGGCCGCGUAAACUUUCUCUUCCUCCAGCUGGAGCUUCUCCAGCGUUUCGCUCCAUUUCUCCAUCUUGUCCUCGUACUCCUGCUUGGCUUUCUUCUCUACCAAUUGCCGCUCGAGGCGCACCUCCUCCUCCAUGAGCCGCUGCUGUUCGAUUUCCAGCUUCCUGAUGGCCUCGUCCUCUUCCUUCGACAACCCGAAGCCCGGAAUCGGCUCGCCGAAUAUAUCGCAAACCAUUCGAAAUACAUCGUCGAUGCUUAGCUCUUCGUUCGUCUCCGCGUCGACCAGAUUUAUGACUAUCGGAUUCAUUUCGCUGUCGUCGAAGUACUUCAAAACCGAUUGGUCCAGUUGGUUGUUCUCGUGGUAUUCCGCUAACCUUCUGAGCAUGCUCACCUCGUCGAAAUGAGUGCCGAACACCAAUUUUUGCGGCAGGUUCAUCACUCGCUCGCAGAGGAAAUCGUCGGUGGCUUCGAGAUUGAUGAUGAAAUCCGGAUUGACUAUGAGAUUGUAACUUUGCGAUAUAAUCGCGUCGGUGGUAGGUACGACUUCGAGUCCUUCCGCGCUGGUUUCCUCGUCCUCUUCCUUCAUCGUUUCUUCGAUGCGCUCUUCGAUUUUCCCGAAUUUCGAACCGAACAGCAGCGUGGCUUGUUUCACUGUCUUCGGAAACCCGUCCAAGACGUAGCCUCUGGUUUGGCAAAGGCUGCUCGAUAGGAAGUUCCUCGUGAGAUUGCAAACCAUAUCGUCCGAGAGUUUUUGACUGACCGCCAUCGCCUCGUUGAUCACGUCGAUUUGCUGCUGGCAGUCUUCGAUGAUUAGAUUGUUAACGGCGAAGCCUUCGAUCUCCUCUUCCUCCUCUUCGGCGCCUUCGCCCGCCUGGGCUUUCGCUUUCUGCAUUUGGAUGGCCUCCAUUUCCUGUUUCGCCCUCUCUAUGCUCUCCUCCAGUCCUUCUAGCGUGUCCUGGAUCAUCGUCUUGACGUUCACGUAAUGGGCGCCAUAUCGCCUGCAAAGCCUCUCGGAUAAUUUCGUCUUUCCCGAAGCCGGAGGUCCGAGUAUUAUGGCUUUCAGCGGUUUCAAAUCGCUGACCGGCUCUAUGUCUUUGAACACCUUCAGCGACAUUUCCAAUUACCGAAUCAAUUUGCCCCGAUUGGAUGUGAAACUUGACGAUUGUCAAUUUUGGAAAUUUGGUCAAAAUUCAAAGUCAUUGUUGCUAGAUUUGUUGCGAGUAGUGAAGGUAUAGAGGAGGGAUUGUUGGUGUAACUUACUGUGAGAUGUAACGAUACCGAUUCCGGCUUCUUCUGCCUUCUUUAUGGCCAAGUCCAUGCAGAAUUGUCCGCUUACAGCGCCGAAUCCGUUGUUUGCGUUAACUACAGCUGUAGCUGUGGUCUCUUUCUCGAUUGUUGGUGUGGCGUUGGCGACGGAAAAGCCCUUUUCGACGUCCCUACCCAGUCUGUUCAUUCCGUGACUGUAGUGCCCUCUGUGAUCGGCUUCUAGUAGAUUAUCGGCUACGAUUUCGGCGUGUUUUUGUUGAGCACCGACGGCUUUCAAACAGUCGAUCAUAAAACGACGGGAUUCUUUCAGUGGUGUGAUUUUUGGUCGUUCUAAAAAUUGUUUUGCCGGAUAUAUCGAAGCGAAUCGUUCAUUUAGCCGGUUUUGCGAGUGAUGUUUCCCCGAAGAUUCAGUGAAUUAUUCCAGCCAGCCAAUUCUAACCUCAAAAACGCGAUAACCAACGGGGAAUUUCAGAAGGUCCUAGCGCAAAAGUUGAUUCGCCCGAACGUCGGUUUCAGAGACUUCCUGAACGCCAGCAGAAAGUUCCACGAGAUAUUAAAAAGGGGCCAGUUGUUCAAGGUGUUGCUGGCCAGACCGGUUGCUCCGAAAACCCACAGAACGAACGUCUUAAAGGUAUGGGCAUAUCAUUGUGAGUGCGUAUUCGCUCAACGGUUGAGAAGGUGCCAGCAAAUGUUUUCCCUAUACUCGAAGUGGUGGGAGGAAAGAGCCCUCAAAGAAUUCAUCAGAAAACUAAAGCAGAACAUCACGAAACGCGGCAGAGGCGUCGCCUUGGCCUCCGCCGCCGUCUACAACUGGGACCAACACAGAAUUUCCAUCGACGAAAUCAAAAAGAACGAAAACCAAUUCGAUUACAUAAACACCCUGAAGGAGAACACCAUCUGCCUAGCCUGCGAUCCCACUAAAAAGGACAAAGACAAGGACUCGAUGUGCAAAUGCGGCAAGGCGGCCGUGCCUUCCAGCAAAACCUACGACAACUGGGUGCCUUUCGUGGAAAAAACCGAUUUAGUUAUAUGGAGGAGGCCACACGCAUCGGGCUCGGGGCACUACGAAUACAAAAUGUUCGGAACCUACAACGACGUGUCGGCCGAAGAUUUUCUAAACGUUCAAGUCGAUAUCGAUUACAGGAGGAAAUGGGACACCACGGCCGUGCAACUCAAACAAGGCGAAUCCGAGGAACUCACCAACAGCGAUAUAAUCUAUUGGGAAAUGCUGUGGCCCAGGCUGUUCGUUAACAGGGAUUACGUGUUCAACAGGCGCUACUUAAUAGACGAAUCGAAGAAGGUUCUCUACAUUAUGAGCAAAAGUACGGUGCAUCCGAACUUUCCCAAGUACGCCGACAAGUACCGAAUAGAGGAUUAUUUCUCGUGCAUGGUCAUCAGGCCUUACACUGAUUUAAAUAAGCCCGGUUUGGAAUUCGUUCUAACGUACUACGAUAACCCGGGGGUUAAUAUACCGGGAUCGGUAACCACUUGGGCGACCACUCGCGCCAUGCCGGAUUUUCUGGACAAGCUGAGGGAAGCGACUAGGAAUUACAAGAAGUAUUGCAAGUCUGAAGGUAAAAGUAAGGCGUGCGAGAAAAUGAAGGUGGUGUUUAACAGGCAAGAGGAAGGCGAGUCGUUGGACUACUGCAGUGUCUUUAGAGAAGCUAAGAAGAUGCUCAUUCAACAUGCAAAAGGGGAAUCCAAUGAGGACGAACAGGAUCAAGAACCUAAGGAAUAGAUUCGAAUAUUUUAAAGCGGAAAGAAGUAAGAAUAACGCCGAAAGAAAUGUAAUGAUGUAACUAAGCUAGGUACCUGAAAUUCCCUAAUCGCAUAAAAUUGUAAAUACCAUUUCUCAAAACGAAACAGUAAAGUAGUAUUAGUAGUCAAUCGAAUUAGUUCAGAUCGAUUUAGUGUUUGCACAAAUUUAUUAAUCCGUAUUAACAACAAUCUGUUGAUCGCCGCCGCUGCUUUUGUGCUUGAAAGGAUUGUGGAUCCUCUUGUGAACGGACAACUGCCCGGAUUGGGAGUAACUGUUGCCGCAUAUGGUGCAAGUGUAGGGCUUCUCUCCCGUGUGAGUCCUGUAAUGGCUCUUCAACGUGCGCGAAUCGCCGAAGGCUUUCCCGCAGGUCGAGCAAAUGAAAUUUUUAAUGCCCAGAUGCGUGCGUUUGUGGGACGCGAGGUUACUGGCGGUUACAAAAUGUUUGCCGCAUUCGUUGCAAGCGUAA